GGCCAGUGCGCUACUGAUGAAUCUGCAAUGCAGCGCAGUCCUGUGCUGUGCUGGAGGAUCAGGAAGGCAUCAUGACCACACCCUGCAGUGCCAGUGAGGUGUAUUAUUUGUGAGCGCAGGCACACUAGUAGUCGCUACUUGUGCCGUGCCUGCAUCUCGCAUCUCAGCCUGCGCAGUAGUGAAGUGUGUGUCUGCCUGUCUCCAAUUGAUGAUCGCCCUCCAUCUCACAAAUACCACGGCCAAUUGUCCAAUCCGUGCCUUGGACUCGCCUCCGGCCCCUGAUCCCUGCAGGGCUUGAGCACUGGCAGCUCACUGCAUGGCCUUUCGGAAACCGUGAUCCCUCGUCUGCUGCUGUCAGAGCCUGACAUGCAGCGCCCCAACACAACCUGUCACUCUUGUAACGCGCUACACGUCGGCGGUACCUUUAGUUCUGCUCACAGACACCACCACACCACCCGCCAUCUGGCCCAUGAUCCGUACUUUCAACCACAGCCCUGAGCCGUCGUUGCUUUUUUAGCCCCCUGUCAUCCGUCGCUCAGAAUCUUUGUGUGGCUUGCAGGCCCUCCCUGGCUCCGAUCCGGGCCCGUUCUCCUCUAGUGCAGGCCAGCGCUUCCCUGUCUGGAAAUCUGCGGCUUGCAGCUGUCAUAUCUUGUUUGCGAACGAGCCUCUCCAGUCUCCUGCCUUUGAUCGAUCGCCCUCCUCUUGGACCGCCUGAGGCUUCGCGCUAGAACGCAACAUCCACUUGUCCUGUCCGGCUGUAGACCGUCACUUCCCUUUCGCCUUGUCUGUCGCAGAAGCAACUGGGCCACAUCAAGGAGCAGGGCCUGUUGCGCCAAGAGAGCCUGGUGGAUUUAAAACCUCAUUCAUACCUCCGGCUCCAAGUACCAGCCUGUUGGUGAAUACUUCUACAAUAUUCUCGUUGUGUCCAAAUUCCUUUGUCCUUCGUCACUUGACUUCUCACAAGCUACUUGGACGCAUCUCAUCUACUUAAGGUCUCCACUUCCUCCCUCUUAAACGCCCUUCAAUCAAAACACAGUCACAACAAUGGCUUCCCAAUUCGAGAAAAGGCUCCUCAGCGAGGGCAACAAUGUCGACUAUCCCCAAGUCGGCGACGAGGUCACGAUAGAGUAUACUGGCUGGCUCUAUGAUGCUUCGAAGCCCGACUUCAAGGGCACGCAAUUUGACUCUUCCGUUGGUCGUGGAGAUUUCAAAACCCAGAUCGGUGUUGGCAGGGUCAUCCCAGGCUGGGACACUGGUGUUCCGCAGAUGUCUCUGGGAGAGAAGAGCAGAUUGAUUAUUCCAGGGAAUAUGGCAUACGGUGAACGUGGCUUUCCCGGUCUGAUUCCCAAAAAUGCCACGCUGGUCUUUGAUGUCCACCUCAAAGGGAUCAACAACAAGAAAAUAUGAUCGGGCUCUGACGACGCGUCGCAUGGGUUACGAAACAAUCAUCUUUGGAACGGCGGCAUUCUGUUUUUGUGGGGAAUAUUACACAACGGGGGAGGGCGGAGGGGCUGAGUUUUGUAAGGUUCGACCUCGGGCGUCAGCAGACAACAUAUGUUUCUUCCGCUCUUUUUGCUGACGAGGGAUACCGGAAUCUUAUGGUCUCAUUCGCCUCUAUUUCGCGCAGAUAGCCUGUAUGGUUAAGCACAAGCAAAAGAAGUGCGUUUGAAAUGGUCUGCUCAUCUUCGAAUCUCCUGCCAUCUUUGCUGCCAAGAUUGUCGUGUCCCGUUGAGAUAACCAGGCGGCUGGCUCAGGAAUGGACCUAGACACACUCGGUUAAUGCCACUCCCAUUGCCGGUAGGCUACCACGCAGGUGCUAUCACCGAUCCCACCGAUCACAAACAGAAUGCCUGCUGUCCGGUCCGUGCAAAGUCGUAGCCUUCAUCCGGGACUAGCCCUCGUCAGCUUUCGUGCUAGGGGCCCAUUGAGACGGUUGUCUUGUCCACAGGCUAUUUACUCGGCGAAGUCAUGUUCCCGGAUCGUCCUUCCAUCGUGAGUGGCUGGAAUUAGUUGUCCACGAGUUGAAAUACAAGAAAAACAAUUCCAGUUCCAAAUGCAAGCGGACCAGGCCCGCGCCUAGUACCUACGCGCGUUGCGCUAGGCUAAUACCCAUCAACAAGGCAUACAAUGUACAGUGGCAGCACUCGGUUAUCCCCGC